AAAAACCUAUUGGUCUUUGUCAUCCACUCAUUCAAACAUGGAACCAAUCCAGAAUUUCCAGUUUCUGAGAACUUCUUGCAUAUUUCUCUCCAAGAAACCAUUGCCAAACAAACCAUUUAUAGGAGUUUCAAAAACCCAACUUCGUUUCUCUCAUCAGCAUCACUCACUUCACAAACCCAUCACUUCAAAAAUCUCUACAAACCAACAAACUUCCACAAUCUCUUACCUCAUAAACUCAUGUGGGUUGCUUCCAGAGACAGCUUCUCUAGUAUCCCAAAAGGUACACUUGCAAAACCCAGAAAAAGCAAACUCUGUCUUGGCCCUUUUGAGAAACCAUGGAUUCUCACAAACCCAGAUCUCAAAUCUUAUCAGGAAACGCCCUCUGCUUCUUUUGGCUGAUCCUGAGAAUACCCUUUUGCCCAAGCUUGAGUUUUUCCACUCUAUAGGUGCUUCAAGCACUGACCUUGCUAGAGUUCUCACUGCUGACCCAACCCUUUUGACUAGGAGCUUGGAGAACCAAAUUGUACCCUGUUAUAACUUCCUCAAAAGUGUGCUUUUAAGUGAUAAAAAGAUUGUUACUGCUUUGAAGCGCACCUCAUGGAUUUUUCUUGAAGGUCAUACAAAGAAUUUGAUACCAAAUAUUUCGUUUUUGAGGGAGCUAGGUGUGCCUGAGUCUUGUAUUGUGUUGUUGUUAACCCAUUUUCCUGAGGCUUUGAUGCAAAAGCAUGAUAAUUUUGGUCGCAUUGUAAAUGAGGUUAAGGAAAUGGGGUUUGAUCCGAUGAAAUCAACAUUUGUGUUAGCUAUACAUGCUAUAUCUGGCAAGGGCAACAAGUCCAUAUGGGAAAGGUGCUAUGAGGUUUAUAGGAGGUGGGGUUGGUCUAAGGAUGAGAUUCUUUUGGCUUUUAGGAAGCACCCUCAUUGUAUGAUUUUGUCAGAGAAGAAAAUAAUGAGAGCCAUGGAUUUUUUUGUGAACAAGAUGGGGUGGCCAUCUAAAAUGAUUGCCAAAUGCCCUGUGGUUUUGCUUUUCAGCUUGGAGAGGAGAAUUGUUCCGAGGUGUUCAGUUAUUCAAGUUUUGUCAUUGAAGGGAUUGGUAAAGAAAGAUAUGAGCUUAACUACUGUGUUGCUGCCUGUUGAAGAGUCGUUCUUGGAGAGAUUUGUGACCAGAUUUCAGGAGGAAAUACCUCAAUUGAUGAGUGUGUAUCAAGGGAAGGUGUAUAUUGAAAGCAUCAUUUGAACAUGUAGAAUGGGGUGAGAAUGAGAUUAUUAGUGUCUAGCCUGUUAGUGUUGCAAGUCAAAGUAAAAUUCUUGUCUCCACUGACGGAAAGUUGCUUGUUUUUUGGCCACUAAUUUGUUCAGAUAUGCAAUGUACAUGUGGUGAUGUUGUGAGUCUGAGAAAUACGAUAGCUUUGUUUUUUAA